AUGAACAACGAAAUUUAUGAAACGCCCAAUCAAAGUGGAGAAUCAACUACCACCACUACGUCUACUGGAGUUGCUGUAGUAACCAAGCAAGGCGUUACAAGGGAAGAGCGCGAAUUCGUGAAAACCAGUUUUCUUUCCAAUUUCUAUCAAGGGAUUAGAAUUAUACUAAUCAGUACUGAGAACCUUGUGACUAGUUUAGAAGAAAGAAUAAGAUUUACACAAUAUCAACCAUGGCUAAGCUUUGACUCCCCAAAACCUGAGAUUUAUCCGUGCACAAUAGACCAGCAUAAGGAUAUUCUUUUUCUUACCGUUCCCUUAGCUUCAAUUGUUGAUAACCUAUCUGAAUAUUGUGCUAAUGAAUGUUUUAAGCCAGAAAAUAAAAAAAAAAACUUUCUUAAAACGGUUAUUACAAAGGUCCACCAAUUCAGACAUACGGUAAUUACGAACGAAAUAUCAAGGGAAUUUGGAAGCCGGGCAUUUACUCCAGAAGACAUUGAAACAUCUGAUGAUCUUGCAAACAUAAGAGAAAAGAUCAACAGAGCCAAGAAUACUGUGGGUUGCUUGAUCUUCAAGAAGAAUGCAAAUAAAAAGAUAUUAAAAAGGAUUAAUGGACCGCUAUUCUUUUGGAAGAGAAUCUCAUGUAUAGGAGGAAAGGAGAGACAAGCUUUAAGAUAUCUUGAGCAGUAUGAGGUAAAUACUUACAAGCGACUUUAUUGCUGCGCCAUGAAACUGAGGUUGGUCUGUUGCCUAAGAUGGAUCAGCAAAAUAUUAUGCCUUGUUCCCUUUGCAUUGGGAAUACUGUUAUUAAGUAAUCUUUCACUCGGGCCUUUUGGUUGGAAUCCACUGACUAUUUUAUCUAUGGGAGUACCUCUCAUAGGUCCUAUAUUGGAACGGCAAUUCUUUUCAGAACUUGAUCCAUUGAUUGUUUCCAGUUAUAUGAAGACAUUUCGGUUAAAGCCGUGGAACGAAGACGAAGAACCCAAAUCCAACUACAAGGUAAUAGAUGCCCUCAAGAACUACAUUAGAAGUUUUAGGAAAAAAAACAAGAUGCAACCGAACCAGAUUACACGAGCUGACACAUCUUUCCAUAUUGAGUAA